UUCAUGUAUUUUUUCAGAUCGUUUUUAUUUUAAGUAUUUUAGCUGACAGUCUGUGAUGUCAUCAAAAAUUCCUGGGAAACAGAUUUAUAAAUUCAUUGAUAAAUUUGAUACUCAACCAGAAUUUCUCGAAUUUGCUCGAAGUGAACUCGAAAUUAGUAAUCGUGAGAUAAAUGAUGUUACCGCAGAUCACUCUGGUAGCAGAGAGCAAAAAUAUCAAAUACUAUAUCUAUGGGUUAAAAAAAAUGGCCGUGCAGCGACUCUCGAAAAGUUAGAGCAGCUGAAACAUAAUUUUGACACUGGUAAUGAGGAAAAUGAUGAAGAAGUUCAACAACAGCCCACUUCGAGUUACUCGGAACCAGGAAGAGCUCGGGUUCAACCACCAGGUGGUGUACAACAACCCAAUAAUACAUCAGUUAAAAGAGUCGCUGUAGAAAGUUCCUCUGAAUCAAAAACACCUGCACAUGAAGUCCAAAAAGCAUUUAACGAAAAAUACAGUCACGUUGAGCAACAACUAAGCUCUCGACAUGAAGAAAUUUCGGUAGGCAGCAUUGCUGAUCAAUUUUGCGAAUUACAAACUGCUAAUGAAUCCCAUCUAUGCGGGGAAGUUGCUUCAAUCAAAGUGCAGAGUUGCUCACAUGAGGAUAUACACUCAAUAAUGAGGCAUGAUAACAUUUAUCAAAUAUCUCCAAAUCCCAAAGGAUAUGUGCUUAUAAUAAACAAUAAUUUUCGAGGGCAAGAGGGAGAGAGAAUCGGUGCGAAAAAGGAUGUUGAAAACAUGAAUCGUUUAUGGAGUGAAUUGGGUUGUAAAGUUGCUGUAAAAGAGGAUUUAAAAGCAGUUGAAAUUCGUGAUACAUUAGAAAAAGUUGCACAAUCUCCAAAUAUAUCAGCGUAUAGUUUUGUUGUGGUCUUCAUUAUGUCUCAUGGCGAUAUACAGAACGGCACUGAAGUUGUGCUUGGCGCAGACAGCUCUCCUGUUACAAUCAAUCAAAUUUUAGCGCCAUUCAGUAAUGACAGAUGUCAAGCAUUAGCAGGAAAACCGAAGUUAUUUUUCUUGCAGUUUUGCCGAGGAUGUAUCAUUGACACUGGAGGAGAAUACCUUUGUCAAGAUGAUAGGAUGAAAGAUUUAUUCAAAUCUUUAAUGAACCAUUUUCCUUCUGAAGAAGUUUGCAUGAGUGAUUUGAGCAGCCAACGAAGUUUGCCAGUAAGGUCUGAUAUGCUCAUAUCAUACGCAACACAAUCAGGUUAUAUGGCAUUUCGCAAUGGAAGAGGAAGUUGGUUUAUUAAUGCAAUAGCAAAUAUAUUCAUGAAGUACGCUCAUAUUGAGCAUGUCGCUGAUUUAAUGAUUCGUGUGAGAAGUGCAGUCUGUGCAAAAACUGGGUUAACUCCGUUGAAUGACACUAUAAAUGUACCAUGCAAAGAGAUGAGUGAAAGUAGUGACUUUCUGACUAAAAAACUUUAUCUACUCCCUGGAUAUCCAAGGGAUGAUAUAUUGGAUUAGGAACAGAAAAUAACCAACAAAAUCUGAGUUGACAUGGAUCCUUUAUGGCUUCAUUUCAUUCGCCUAUUACCUCUUUGAAGUCUAAGACCAGUCAUCUAUGAAUACAGAAAUUUCGGUUCUACUUUAGCACGAGGGCUACCGUCGUAAAUGGCCAAUCCAGAUUUGUGGACUAGUUAUGCUCGAGGGCUGUAAUAUGUAUGCUAUAGCACAGGGAUGGGCAUUUACUUUUCUGAGUGGGCCAGUUACACAAAAUAACUUUAUGACUUGGGCGGUGGCUCAAAACUCACUAUGAAUAAAAAACAGGAGUAUCCUGAAGUAUGCGCACCAAGAUGGCGCACAACCUGAACUCAGGUUGUGUAUCAGGUUAGGGUUCAGGUUGUGCGACAUCUUUGUGCACAGGUUAUUUACAACAGCUAGGCUAACGUCUAUAGCAAAAAGACAUUAUUUUUAUCUAUAUUUUCAACAGAAAUUUACGUCCAUAAAAAUUAUAGUCAUAAUUUCAUCAGACACUAAAGGGCCGGAUGAAAAACUUCGUUGUGCCGUAAUUUGCCCACCCAUACUAUAGCACCAGCUAAAUGUAGAUCUCACGCUGUAAUAACAUCGAAAUUUUUUAAUUAGCACAUUGUAUAUAUGUCGUAAAAAAAACGAUAAUUGUAGAUUUAUUAUUGUUUGAACUAGAACCCAACCCAAAAGUCUGAUUGAAGUCUUUAAUUUUUUGCUUGACGCGGCUUUCGUCUGUGAUAAAAUCCAGGAUUAUGAUACUAAAUUGCUCACAUAUAUUUGAUUGAAUUUUGAAGAAUGUAAUUUUCUAUGAUACUAAAUUGCCCACAUAUGUUUCAUUGAAUUUUGAAGAAUGUAAUUUUCUAUGAUACUAAAUUGCUCACUUAUAUUUGAUUUGAUUAGUUUUCAUUUUUUUUGUAAUUUUACAGAUUAAUAUUUUUAGGCAACCACUGAUGUACUAAGAAUUAAGUGUGUAUUUUAUACCAUCUUGUUUUCAACUUUUUAUCGAAUUUGUAUUGCUCUUAUAACUUUCAAUUUACAACUUUUCUAAUUUUAAAACUAUGAAAUGAUUUUAAACUCAUUGAAUAACUAAAUAAUGUUUACCAUUUCUUUUAUACACUUUUAUCUGAUAAUGAAAGAUUUUCAUGAAAUUGCCAACAAAACGAAAUUUUUUUGUUUUUUGUUUGUUCAUAUUACUAUUGCGUAGAAAAUUUCAGUGAUGAUUAUGAAUAAUAUUUCAUCUUGUAAAUGAUACGUUUUUCGUCGGCUGGACAACUUUGUAUAAAAAAGAAAAACAAAUACUGUGGAGCCAACUGAUCUGGCUACCU